AUGUUCCGCGCUCAGCUCUUUUUGCUAUUCGCUCUUUUGGCGUGGACUGUCUCGGCUGGUCCGAUUUCUCGCUGGUUAUUUACUGGCCCGCCUGUUCCUGUUCUUACCGAGUUGGAACCUUUAUCGACUACUUACUCGCCCAAGGAUCUCUCCCGGCGUGAUGACAAUGACAAGCAUGGUGGCUUGACGGUCAUUCCUGUUCCUAGUCCGACGCAUAAGGUCGAGAGCUCAACAGAUGCACCAACAGUCGGGUUCACUCCCCUUUCAUCGCUGCUACCUGAUCCAGCCACUUCUUCUCCGGCUACAACCUCUACCUCUCUUUUAUCGGUCAGGUCAGAGCUCACUAGUUACAGCUGGCAGAAACCUUUUACGAUUAAUGACCCGAACUAUACUGAGUCUGCUCCUGUAUCCUCUACAAGUACUUCAAGUUCAAAGAAGUCAAGCACGGUGGCACCUACUACCACACAUGCGCCUAUUACGACACAUGCUUCCACUACAACAUCUCACACUUCAACCGCAUCAACUUUGUUGUUGACUACGGCCCGCACCACGGCACCCAUUCCUUCAUCUGCUGCCAGAAUCAUUGAUAUACUACCAAGCAGCGUGCCAAAAUCGAUCAGCAGUAGCAGUGUCAAUCCAGAUGAAGUUGAUAUCAUGACCUAUGUACACUUGACCAUAUCCUCUUCAACCACCACGAGCUCUUCAACCACCACGAGCUCUUCAACCACCACGAGCUCUUCAACCACCACGAGCUCUUCAACCACCACGAGCUCUUCAACCACCACGAGCUCUUCAACCACCACAAACUCUUCAACGGCGAAGUCUUUCACUUCGACAAUGCCAAUGAUGACACAAACAAGCCAGGUCGUUAUCUACGUUAGUGGACCACAUUCAGUACCCUACUCAACUACCACAAAGUCUUCUAUUCGCUCGACAACCACAUCUGUUAAGCACACGACUACAUCCACCAAGCCCACAACUAUAUCUACUCAUGUACCAACCACAUCUGUCAAGCCGACGACUAAAUCUAUCCAACCAACAACGACAUCUAUACCACCACUCCCACCAACAACUACCUCUAUCCCGCCAAUCCCAGCAGCUACCUCUAUUGAGCCAGUUGCGAUAUCUCCAUCAGGGACAACGACGUCUAUCCCACCGAUCCCGCCAACAACCACUUCUCUUCCACCAGCAGCCAUAUCUAUACAACCAGCCGUCGCAUCUCUCCCACCAACAACGACAACUAUCCUACCUAUUCCAGCAGCUAGUUCUAUUAGUUCUAUCAACCAAGCCCCCGCAUCUAUCCCACCAACAACAUCGUUCGAUCUUGAUCCUGUCACGGUCCUCGCAACCAAGACAGAAACCGUCCGCAUAACAGUCUGGCCAACGACCACUGCCUCCGCCGCGCCCUCUGUAUCAUCCUUUUCUUCGAGUGAACAACACACCAUCCACGUCCUUGCAACAGCAACAGAAACAUUUGUCGUAACAAUAUACCCAGCGGCAUCAUCUCUGCCCUCGACAUCAUCCACUUCAAGUACUUCAAGUGAGAAGAGCGCCAUCCCACCGGCAGUAGUAUCAACAGCAAAUACAGCUGGGGCAGCAGCGGCCGUGGCAACUACUCAACCCACUGAACCUGCCGCUGCGGUGACAACUCACUCCGCUGCACCUGUGCCUACGAACAUGACAACAUUAGAAGCAGGACGGGGCUUGCUCAGUGUUAUACCGGUGACACCGGCAGGGUUUAUUCAUGUUACUGAGACUGUUACGAAAGUUGUUACAGAGAGGAUUGUCGAGACUGUAACUUCUACUGUAACUAGGAAUGUAUAG